AGUGUUGUGUAUGAGUGAAGAGGUCAUUUAAAAGAGCCAUAGUAAGCACAUCCUGGCACUGGCACUAAACAAAGCAGUGCACACAUGCAUUAACAGCAGAUGGCAGUGAGAGUCUGUAAUGUUGCCUUAUAUAGAGUAGAAGAAGAAAUCACAGUUUAUUUCCUGAAGGGGAAGAAGCCGUACUGUAUGAGAGAUGUGGGCAGCAGGUGGUCGCCUUUCCCCAAUGUUAGCGGCAGGAGUCGUUUCUUCUUGUGUGCGGGUUGUCAGGUGUAACAGAAGGGGGAAGUUACCUGCCGGGUCCGUCACACUGAUCCCGAGGAGAGCGCACCGCGUCACGCAGCACGGGAACACAGGGAAGCUGGAGCGAAACGGAGAGGCUAAGAAGUCAGUGAUCUGUCUUGAGGGGAACAUUGCCUGUGGGAAAACUACAUGUCUGAAUUACUUCAGCGAAACCAGCAACAUAGAGGUCCUAACAGAACCCAUCUCACAAUGGAGGAAUGUCCGUGGCCACAACCCUCUGGGUCUUAUGUACCAGGAUCCUGAGCGCUGGGGCAUCACACUGCAGACAUAUGUUCAACUCACCAUGCUGGAUAGACACCUGUCACCUAUCUCAGCUCCUGUCAGGAUGAUGGAAAGGUCCAUCUUCAGUGCCAAAUACAUCUUCGUGGAGAAUCUCUUCAGAAGUGGGAAAAUGCCUGAGGUGGACUUUGCAGUUCUCAGCGAGUGGUUUGAUUGGAUCACAACAAACAUAUACCUUCCUGUUGAUCUGAUUGUGUACCUGCAGGCGACUCCUGAGAAAUGUCAUGAGAGGCUGAAGCAGAGGAGCAGAGAAGAGGAGAAGGUCAUUCCAUUGGAGUAUCUUGAGUCCAUUCACCAGCUGUAUGAGGACUGGCUCAUCAAGCGCACAUCCUCCCCUCUUCCUGCUCCUGUUUUGGUUAUUCCAGCUGACCAUGACCUCAAUGAGAUGCUGCACCAGUAUGAAGAAAACCGUGACAAAAUCCUACAUGCUUGCUACCUCUGAAACACACACACACACAAAGGCACGAACAGCAAAGGGAGCUUUGGAAGAGGAUUUGAAACCUCUCUUAUAAAACUGAUCUGUUCAGUACUGAAGGAGAGCUCAGUCAAGCAGCUCAAUCGCUUAGAGUUGAAGUUUUAGCAAUAACACAAGUUAUUUAUUUACAUGUGAUUUGUAGUCAAUCACACUUCAUUUACUUCUUAAGGGUUAUGUAAAGAUGCUUAUUUAAUAAUGAUCUCACCUACAGGACAAGAAAAGUCAAAUAUUCCUUCUGUCAUUUUAAACUAUGAAGAUUAACGGAGUCAUUCCAAAUCACGGGCAGUUUCUUUUCCAGGUGUUAAUAAUUUGUUUGUAUUUAUUUCACUAUUUGUUGUCAUGUACUCAAAGUCAGACCACAUGUUGUUACAAGGGGACCUCAAGUACAUUAGGGUUUGAUUUUUGGGUGUAAUAACUUGUCAUAUAACUGGAGCAUCGGUUACAACAGAUUUUACUUUAUGUGUUACUUUAUGUACUGCAACGGGAUUUUACUGAAGAUUGACUUGAAUAAUGAAAUGUUUCUCUGUAAUUGCCUUUAAUGAAUGGAAGCUUUGUUCUCUUUGUUACAUGUUUUGCUUCAUUAAUAAGAACAUUUUGUUAUCCUAA